AUGAAGGAUGAGUCCCAUAUCGUGGGUCGUGAAGAUUUUGUGAAUGAACUCGUGUCGCAAUUGAUCGAUAAAAGAGACAGCUGUGACAACCUGGGAGUGAUUUCGGUGGUCGGUGAGGGAGCCAUCGGCAAAACAGCUCUAGUGAGGAGCGUCUGCAACCGAGCAGACAUUGAGAAUCAUUUUGACCGCUGUGCCUGGGUCCGGGUUGGGCCGGAGCCUAACCUGGUUCAUCUCAUGGUCAACUUGCUCAAGCAGCUGAGGGUUCGGGAAUUGCGAAACGUGGAGCGUAUGCACGAGGAAAAGCUGUCCGAUAUGAUCCUAGAAGUCCUGCUGGAGUGGCGUUAUCUGAUAGUCCUGGAUGACUUGUGCGAUCUCCAUCUCAUGGACAAGCUCAUAAUGGUGCUCGUGGACUUGAGGAACGGGAGCAGAGUAAUCGUCACGACUCGUAACCCCGACAUACCCUCUUCCAUCGAUCCGUGGUAUUCCACGCAUCUCAAGUUGAGCCCCCUCAACCGAGAACAGAGCGAGAAGUUAUUGGAAAAAUGCAGCCUGGCUUUCGAUGUGGUCGAUCCGCCCGUGGAACUCCUCCAUCUCAAAGAGAGGAUUCUUAGUAAAUCGGGCGGUUCUCCCCCAAUGAUCCUUCUGCUCGGAGGACUUUUAUCUGCCACCACGUUGGACAGAUGCACCGAGCUAGCCAAUGGGCUUCCCGAUCGUCCCACACUCCAAGAUGUUGUGCGUUUGAGUGUUGAUCAACUGCCAGACUGGUUAAAGCAAUGUGCUCUGUACCUGACUCUGUUCCCUAAGGAAUCUGCGAUUCCCACAAGGAGGCUCUUCGGACUCUGGUCAGCUGAAAAGCUAGUAUCUUCAGCGUUGGAGAACGAAGUAAACAGAGUUGAUCCAGAGAAAUGUCUCGAGAUUCUGGUGUCUAGAAACAUGGAAAAGUUCGAUGCCCCGCGUGUCACCAUACAUAGGGAUAUUUCUGGAGGAGGAGAAGCAAAGGCACAAGUAAAUGUGCCAGAAGCAGCAAGAGAGCGAUCAGAAACAAAUGCACAAGAAGCACACGUGAAGAUCACUCCUGCCGAGCCACAUCAAAGAAUGUCCACCUGCGACAAUUCCAUGCCGUGCGGCAUCCAACAACUUUGUUGCUAUGUGUCAUUCAACACCAUGAAGCUAGGAACAAGGGCCAGAGAGAUAGCGGUGUUACUUAAACCGCUAGGAACAAGGGCCAGAGAGAUAGCGGUGUUACUUAAACCGCUAGUGCCAAAGAGCGACUCAAGUUUGCUGAAGAGGGACUCGAGUUUGCUGAGGGUACUUGACCUCGAGGGUGUCUACAAGCCUUUGCUUCCGGAGGAGCUUGGCAACAUAUUGCCGAACCUAAAGUACUUGGGACUGAGAUGGACUCUUCUUGAAUGGCUUCCGGAGUCAGGUGGCGCUAUUGUCACACCUGGAAACUUUGGAUCUGAAGUACACUAA